UCACACUCCACCGAGCUCUCAGUCACAAGUCACAAUGGCUACUAGCAUUAAGCUUGUAGCUCUUGCCUUUGUUGUCCUCGUGAGCAUUGGGUUCACCAAUGCUUCAAGGAUGUUGGCUAGCUCCUCAAGUGCUGGAGGUGGAGGCGGGGGAGGCGGAGGCGGUGGCAGCUCGUCGGGAGGGGGUGGCAGUGGAUGGGGGCAUGGGGCUGGAGGAGGUGGUGGCUUGGGAUAUGGCGAGAACGGUGGAGAUUCCAGUAACAAGUAUAACUUUGCCAAGGGACUUGGUGGAGGAGGGGGGCAUGGUGCUGGCGGUGGUUCUCAAGGCGGAUCCGGAUCCGGUUCUGGCUCUGGCGGUGGCAACGGUGUUGGUUCGAGUGGCUCAGCGUCAGCCCCUAGUGGCAAUGGGUAUGCCAGUGCUGAUGGUCAGGGUGGGGGCGGUGGUGGAGGUGGUGGCGCAGAUGGGUCAAGCGGAUCUGGAGCCGGAAAGGGUGUUGGCCAAGGAGAAGGUGAGAGUGGCAUAGCAACCGCCCCGGCUGUAGCUCCUUCUGCUGGUGGUGACAGCUACUCUGAAGCUGGCGGUGGUGGUAACGGCGGUGGUGGUGGUGACGGUGGAAAUGGAGGUGGUAAUGGCGCUGGAGCUGGACAGGCCGCCAGCGAUGACACUUCUGGGGGGAAUGCAAGUGGAGGGGGUAGCGGCAACGGUGGUGGCCAGGGUGGAGGCGUAGCUCAAGGUCCGAGUAUGGGAGUUGGUUCUGGCUCUGGCAUUGGAGGCGGACGGACUGGUAGCACUGGCUCCUAUGGGCAAGGCUAUGCCGCUGGAACCGGUGCUGGAACGGGUGGUGGUGAAGGCGGCAGCAACAAUGGUGGGUUCGGCGGCGGUGGAGGUAGCGGAUCCGGGUCUGGCAGUGGCGGAUACCCUUAAAAUUCCUUUUCGAACAAGCUAGAAUUGGAGCACAUCAUGUACUCUAGUCUCUUCAUUUCACGAUUUCACAUCAUUUGUGUUUCUCUUCAUUCAUAGGGUUUUUACUAGGUGCUUCCAAAUAAAGGGCUCCAUGAUUCUAGUGGAAGUACUAAGUAGUUAGUGGAGCAAUCUACUGAGAUGUAAUCGUUACCUACGUGUAUCUUAUGUUAUUUCAUUGUUAGUCUGAGUGCUUGCUUACUACUUUUUGAA